UGGACAGUGCUGCUGCUGGAGGUGUGAGCCCUGAGCUACAGAACCUGAGGGUCAGUUGGUAGCUGGCUCUUUUCCCACCUCUGAGUAUCUGCUGAAAAGAAUUAAACGCGGGAUGAGCCUGGCCAAUGGAGGAUGAAGAAGGUUACGUGGUAUUAAACCGUCGUCCAAAGAUGACAAGAUCAGACCGACCAUGUCAAUCUAUGACCCAAGGUCACCCUCAGUGUCCCCGCUGGCAUCGGAUGGCUCUGGGGGUCGGCUGGGCUGGGAACAUCGUCCUGCUGGGAGCUGUGGUGGUGAUGUGCUUAACUGUGGUUCACAAUCAUGCUCUUUCCUUCCCGUCAAAAGGAAAUUUUAAGGGCCUGGUGAAUGACGGUGCCAAUGAGAGAACCAGCUACGGCUAUAACUGCAGCACUGAGCUGAAGGAUUUUCCGUUCUGCCUCAAACAGUUUCUAUGUGAACCUCCAUCCAGCAACUCAAGUGAAGGAUCAGGGUGUAAGCUCUGCCCCACAAACUGGCUGCUGCACAGGGACAAGUGCUACUGGGUGUCUAAAGAAAAAAAUCCCUGGGAUAAGAGCCGCGACGACUGUUCGAAGAGGAGGGCUCGACUGUUAAUGAUUCGGGAUCAGGAUGAGAUGGCCUUCAUACAAACUACUUCCAAAGAUGCAAACCGGAUCUGGCUUGGACUCACCCUUACAUUCCCCGCAAGGAAAAGGAUUUGGGUGGAUGGCUCCCUGUUAAAUCAAACACUGUUCAAGGUAGUGGAUCCUGCAGAAGGGAACAGCUGCGGGGUGAUAAAAGCAGAUCAGAUUCAUUUUGAAACCUGCAGUGCUGUAUCGAAAUGGAUUUGUGAAAAAGAUGCUCUCCUGAUCUAGACAGUGACAUUAGUGCUCUGCCCUUGUGUGUGUGAAGGACAAAUCCUCUGUCGUGUCAGUCUGUCACGUGAAUGAUGAAUAAUGUAGGUGAGCUUCAAAGGGAAAAAAUGGACUUAUGCCCUUAUCCCCUCCCGGCUUUUAUGGUGGAUAGAAAUGUCCCCGAAGCCUUUUCUUGCAUUUGAAAUUCAGGUCCUGUCUCGGCUGGAAGAUUAUAGUGAAGGGAGAACUAGUGAAAAGGCAUCACAAGUAGAGGUGGGGGAAAAUUUUCCACUAUAUCAUUUAUUAGCGCCUCCCACACUUUAAAAAAAUGCACUUUGGGGCCGAACAAGACUAUUCACAAACUGGUGUUGAAUUCACUGAAUAGUUUCAGCUAAAAUAAAAACAAAUAAAA